AUGAGGGUACUUUGCCCUAAUCACGAUAGAGAAGAUGCAUUGGAAACCGUUCUUGACGUACCUAUACCAGAAGAGAUGUUUACACGAAUGGGAAGCACUAAUGGUCUAAGAUGGCAAAACAUGGCGACAUGGAUGAAGGCUCAAACGAUUGACAAAUGGUCGUCUCCUGCCAUAGCUAACCGUUAUAACGAGCUUAGUUUUUUGCUUUACAUGGUUGGAUCUCCAAUUCUUCCCCUUCGGAUUCAACUAGACGAUUCAAGUGAUCGUUCUAUUCGAAAUUCUUCUAUCGAAGCAUCGACAGCAAAAUACAUAGUGCAACAAUACAUGGCGGCAAUAGGAGGACAACCAGCUUUAAACUCGGUACAAAGUCUAUGCGCAAUCGGUCAAGUAAAGAUCAAGGCGUCGGACUUCCACCAAGGCGAUGAAACCGUGAAAGCACAAAACAAGGAGGAAAGAGGAGGAUUUGUUCUUUGGCAAAAGAAUCCAGAUCUAUGGUGCUUAGAGCUACUAGUUUCGGGUUGCAAAGUUAUUUCAGGAAGUAACGGCAAAAUUUCUUGGAGACAAUCUUCAAACCAACUAAGACCUAUGAACACAGGUCCUCCUCGUCCUCUUCGCCGGUUUCUUCAGGGUCUAGACCCAAAGUCCACAGGAGAUUUGUUUCUUCAAGCAGUAUGCAUAGGCGAAAAGAUCAUAAACGACGAGGAAUGCUUUAUACUAAAGCUUGACACGAGCCAAUCUGAUCUAGAGGCACAAGCCACUCCAAAAUACGAGAUCAUCCAUCACACAAUUUGGGGUUACUUUAGCCAACGAUCGGGUCUUUUAGUCAAGUUUGAGGACUCAAGAUUGCUAUCUGUAAAUGGCGAAAACGGGGAUGGCAUCUUUUGGGAAACCAGCACCGAAUCGGUAAUGGAGGAUUAUAGAUACGUUGAGGGUGUAAAUAUCGCACAUAGUGGGAAAACUUCGGUUACCAUCUUUAGAUAUGGAGAACAUUCAUCCAAUCAUAAGAGGGAGCUUGAAGAGAAAUGGAGGAUUGAAGAAGUUCACUUUAAUGUUUGUGGAUUGAAUAAAGAUUUCUUUAUGCCCCCUUCUGAAUUCAUGAAAGAGAAGUGAUCAUUUAAACUUCUUCUUCUUCCAUGUAAACUUAAUUCUCGUAAAUGCUGUUGCAAACAGGAACAACAAUGCAUCAGUGA